AUGUCGCAGUCCGGAUCGGGAGGCGCGAACGACAGUCAGGAGCAGAGCCAGCCGGGCCAGACGAUGGAGAACCAACAGACAACGUGUCAAAACGGGCGAGCCGAGCCGCCGGCCGAUAAGGCCAAACAAGACUUGUCGAACGGCUUCGAGAACCGAACGAUAGAGUAUGAGCAGAAUCCGGGAACAGAGCAUAAUCACGAUCAAAAGCAGCAACAAAGCCAACAGACGCCUCAGUAUCCAACCAUCAGGAAACAAUCGGUGGUGGGCGUGCCAGAAGACAGACACCCCCCAACUGGCCAGCUUCCUCCUCAACAGUACAACCAGGAGAAACCUGGGAUAGAAAGAACGCAACACGUCUCUCAGACCAGCACCCAAACGCUGCCGGUACAAGCGCAGCCACAGUUCGUGCCGGAUUACGAUCAGACCCAAUACACGCAGAUACGAAGUCAAUUCGAUGUCAGGCCACAGCUGUACUCGCAGCAGGCACAGUACGCAGAAAGAGCCGGCUACGUGACCAGGGACGUCACUUUUAGGGACCCGGCGUUGUACCAAGGCGGCGCGACGAAUCCGGUAUUCACGGGCCAAGGUCAGUACGUGACCGUGCAACACGGAUCGCAGAUACCCUCGCAAUCAGCCAGCCCCCAGCCACCGUAUUAUUCAGGGGUUGUAGUGCCCCAGCCAUCUAGCUACCAGUUCGGCACCCAGCCUCAAUAUUCCUAUAGCCAAUAUCCUCAAACGGUGAUGAACGUCAUACCCUACGCAACUCACGCCGGUAUUUAUCCUAGUCAACAGUUUGGGCAGCAAUCGCCGAACCCUCAGAGAUUCUCGCAGGAGCUGGGUCAGUACCAGACACAACCUAUCAUUCAGCCAAUCGCUCAGAACGUGGCUCAUGGCAUAGUGAUUGCUACCACCGAGCGGCCUAGUCGUGGACCCAAACCUAUGGUGCCGCCUAGAGGUAACUCUAAGAUCACACACGACAUUGGUCACAGGAAGUCAGCGAGCGUGGACGUAGCCGGUACCCUAAAGCCCAAGUACGAUCAUAGUCAGAAUCCUCAGCAGGAGCAGAUUCACCGUAGCGACGGGGCGAUUAUAGUGCAGGGGGCACCGAUUCUUCAAGACGGUCAGGAUAGGAGAUACCUGACAACCAUUAAUAAGACGCCCAGGACAAGACAGGACGGCUUGUACGUGGACGCGAACGGGGAUCCACCCGGGCGGGAAAAAAUGUGCGAUACGGUGACGCCGGAUUGCGGUCUCUAUGUGGGCAGGACAGAGCACAGGAAAUCUAUUUCCGUGGACGUAACGUCGAGCUUCCAGCGGCGUAACGACACGAUUACUUUCACGUUUCCUGGCGAUGCUGGGCAGGAGUUAUUGAUGCCGGGUAGAAAAGCCGGUGCCAUGCAGGAGCCGAAACGAAUCGAAGCCAAUCAAGUGUACCCGCCUGAUCAAAGGCGAUUGGAGACGAGCUUGAGAGUAUCACCGAUGGCUUUUGAUGCAAGGCAGGAGAAUAGGAAGAGCAUGGGCGCCGAGAGAAAGCCGGAAUGGGGUAACGUGAGCCCUAAUCAAAGAGUGGCGAUGCCUCAAGAAAACAGGCGAUCCGAUUACUUCGACGAGCACAGACGCUCGCCGAUGACCAUAGAGGGAAAGAGGAUGGAGGAUGUGAGGAGGUCGCCCAUGCCGUUCAUGCCAAUCCGAGAGGCCUCCGCGGAUCGUGCCAGUCAAAAAAGCCCGUCGUUCGUUAAUCAGAACUUCGAGAAGACUAGACAGGAGCUGGCGAUAUGGGCUGAGCAAAGGCAAAGGCAGGAACACGAGAAGAACAUAAUACAGAGCCAGCUGAUGUCUACUAGCCCUAGGUCCCGGAACCAGUCCGAGGAGAGAAGAGAUCCCAGACAGAUGCACUCGGUAGAUGAUCGUAAAGAAGGUAGGAUGACUCAGUCAGCCUUCCAACCGCUGCCCAAUAUCAGCCAAAGUACCAUCAUGGAGCAACGUCGCCACCUGCGUCACGUAAGCGCGGAUCUAACGAAGCACAUGGAGCUGUCUAGGAAGGAGUUCGAUGAUCAGCCUAUCAGCGGUUCGGUAGCCAAUCUAGGGCCAGCUGUGAGCACCGCUGCGUCACAGAGGGCUAGUCCAAAUAUAUGCCACCAGUACCCAGCACUUAGCGAGGCAAAGCUGGACGCUAAAACAGUGUUAACGGUGGUGACGGACUUCGGCGAGCCGAGUUUGAGCAAGCCGAUCGAUCAGGUGGACCACAUAAUACACAGCCAUCGCAAGAGUUACACAGCCGCUAGCAAUCUGUUGACCCACAGCAAAAGCCAGACGGAGAACCUUCAAACUCAGCUGGACUCGCAAAGCGAUAAAUCGGAUUCGGCCCAGGCGCACCAGCAACAGAUGCAGAACCAGCACAGUUUGGAUUUGAUUAGCGAGAAGCUAAGCCAGUUCGAGAGGCAGCAGAGCGAUCUCCAGGCGAAGCUACACUGCCUACAAAAUCAAAAUCAGAUUUUGGACAAAGUGGCACAGUUUCAGCAUCAGCAGAGUGACCUGCAGGCCAGACUGCACAGCCUGCAGGCGCAAAACCAGCUGUGCGACAAGUUGCAAAGAUCCACGGACUUUCAGCAAUACAUGAUCGGCAAUGAGAUCCAUCCGAUUCAGUCGAACUCCCUGGCGAACCAUCAAGACCAGGCCGACAAAGCCGGCGCGCUGCAGAGCCAGCAUCCUCCGCACACCCAUCAUCAAACGUUAUUGACCGCGGCCUACUCGCAGAACUCUAAUCAUCAAUCCUGCCAAUCGUCUGUCCGCGAGAAGCUGUCACCCAGGCUUCAACACGACACCAGCGACCCGAAUUCUAUUCAGAUACCGAGCAUGUCGCAGAUGCCGCUGCCAUGUCUGCCGCAAUUCGAGCGGGCUGACGCGUCGCGCGGCUCGUUCUCGCAGUUCCAUCGGCUUCAAUGUCAGAUCGACGGCCACGAGGCCGUGCCGACGCCACCUGCCGCUCCCACCGUCACCUUCGCGGGCACGCUGAAGAAAGUGGCGCCGGAAAAACCGCCCAGGACGUCGCUGAUCGUUCAGUCCCCGGAGUCAGAGAGCAACAGGAGCCAGCCAGCCAUCGGCCUGAAGGAGAUGCCGAAGGUGCGGCCAACCAUUUUCGGCACGGUGACGUCGGAGCCCAGCUUGAACCCGAAGGAUGGCAACAGUCGAAGGAGCCUACCGCAAACACCAGCUGGCGGUGUCGGUGGAAAAGGAAACGGAAGUGCUGGCGGUGGUUCUGGCAUGGUAAAUGGUUCCGGUGCCGAUCUUCAAGAUAUACGUGACGGCGCUGCCAUUAACACGGAACACGCGCUGGUGUACCGGGACGGCAACCUGGUCUCGGGCUCCCUGGAAGCCCUGGUGCAGCACAUGGUGCCCACCGAGGAAUAUUAUCCCGAUCGGGCGUACCUCUUCGCCUUUUUGCUGAGCGCCAGGCUCUUCAUCAAGCCGCACGAGCUCCUGGGCGAAGUCUGCGCCCUCUGCGAGCAUCAGCAAAACCUGAAUGGAGAGGGUGGCAAGGAACGUCUGCAGCGUUUCGUUCCGCGACUGGUGCAGCUGCUAGCCGAAUGGACAGAAACAUUCCCGUACGAUUUCCGGGACGAAAGGGUGAUGGGCCACGUCAGGUCCAUCACGCAGAAGGUCGCUGCGGUCGACGCUGCGGCCAGGCAGGAAGUUUCGGCGCUGCUGCAAAACUUGCUGCUCAGACUGACUGCCCUGGAGAGGUACGAGGAAGGUCUGGCGAGGCUGGCUACCGAGGCGGCGACAGAACAACUUACGCAGGUGGACGUCACCGAGCUGUGUCCCUCAGCCACGGUACUCGCGCAGCAAUUGACCCAUGUGGAACUCGAGAGGCUCUCCUACAUCGGCCCCGAAGAAUUCGUCCAAGCAUUCGCGAAGGAGUCUCCUCACUUGGAAACAUCCUUCAAGGACAUGAAGAAGACUCGCAAUCUCGAAUCAUACGUCCAAUGGUUUAAUAGACUGAGCUACUUCGUAGCAACCGAAGUGUGCAAGCACGCAAAAAAGAAGCAACGCGUUCGCGUGGUUGAAUACUGGAUCGAAACUGCUCGUGAAUGUUUCAACAUCGGCAACUUCAACUCCCUGAUGGCAAUUAUCGCUGGCCUGAACAUGUCGCCGAUAUCUCGCCUGAAAAAAACGUGGUCAAAGGUGCAGCUGGCGAAAUUCUCGAUUCUGGAGCACCAAAUGGAUCCGAGCAGCAAUUUCAGCAGCUAUCGCAGCACGCUGAAAGCGGCGAUGUGGCGUAGCGCCGGCGCUACGGACGAACGACAGAGAAUCGUCGUUCCCUUCUUCAGCUUGCUGGUCAAGGAUCUCUACUUCCUGAACGAGGGAUGCAGCAACAAACUACCGAACGGCCACAUCAAUUUCGAGAAAUUCUGGCAACUGGCGAAGCAAGUGACAGAAUUCAUCGCCUGGAAGCAGGUCGCGUGCCCCUUCGAGAAGAAUCCGCGUGUUAUUGCGUUUCUGCAGGCGAGCCCGGUGCUGACGGAGAAUGCUCUAGCUUUGGCGUCUUUCGAGUGCGAGCCACCAGACAACAAUCCAGAGAAGGAACGUUACAAAGCUUUAAAGUCCGAGCUGAAUACCCAGUGAAAAAGAGCCGCCGCGGAACGUGUCGAGCAGGAGCGAUACUAGCGGGGCCCAGCACAGAGACCGACGACGCACCUUAACAAACGUUAAUAAAUUCACGCGCGCGAAUCUCCGACAAAGGGAAGAAGAAGCGAGCCUCCAGGUGAAACUAAACUCGAGCGAUAACAAGGGGCAAGACCGAGGAGGAACCCGCUGAAGAGGACGCUCGAGUAGAAGCGACGAGAAGAGAUUCAUAUGCGCAACGAUGCUCUCGCGAUCGAUAAGAACUAAAAUCGGAGGAAGAGCACAUCGUAGUGAUCUCAGAACCUUUAAGGACAUCGUUUAGAUACCAUCUGCGACCGGUGCAGCCGAGACUCCGGCUCGCGCCAGCAAACCUCUCUUCCGUUUUCAUUAUUUCUGCACGUGAACACCGGCGGAGCUUCCUCCUUUGCGUCUCGUUAUCUUUUGCCGUAUAGCAGUCUCGUUCGUACCUAUCGAAACGGACAAAGCGUUCGAACAAGCCGUUCACGCGAUCCCGUUAGCUAUCGAGAGGUAGGAAACGGCGGAACCGGAAGCCGGCUGCACCGGUCCGAGUCCACGGAUCCUCGGGAUCGUUCCAGGAUCCGAAUCCGUUCGCAGGAGCGCGAAAGAAUUCACCGGACAGUAUCGCGUAGCAGUAAGUAUAGUUCCUAAGCCCGAGGCAAGAGAGCGCUCGACGAAAUAGGCGCUACCCGUGCCUCCACUUCCGGCCCCGGCGGCCAUCUUGCGACGAGACGUAGCCGGGACCGUUUUCUUCUCGCACGACCGACCCUUUUGUACAUAGUCCUUUUGAUAUACGCUAACGAAACUCGUGGGCGUGAACGGAGGAUACAGACACGAGGGAGGAGGGAUCCAGAGGAAGGGGAAAUUGCUGGGUGGGGAGAUGGAGGAUAGGUUCGUUCCUGUAGAGUAAGCACGAAGUUGUCGUUUUAAGGUUCUAGGAGUAGCUGGCGGACGGACGACGGUCGUCGUAGCACGAGUACUUAAGGAACGUCGGGCGAGACGUUUCGACGCCAUCUUUUGAGGACGCGGGGAUGCACGCUCGCAAACGCACACGGCCAAGCCGUGACAGUUAUUCAGGAAGCGUUUCUAAUCUUUACGACAGCCGUUGCGGUUGAGUUUCCUCGGUGACGCGCGGGAUCCGUUGGGUUUUGCGUUGGAGAUUGGUGUUCUUUGUUCGGUUGAUUACUUCCGUCUGAUUAUUUAGUAGCUUCUUCCGUUCUUCGUCGAUUGUACUUGAUAAAGGUAGUUGAUCGUUGAUGGCUUAGUAGAGGACAGGGAUUUGAUGCUACGUUUAUUCGAAAGGUUCAGUAAUGGGCGAGUCAUAUUUGGUUUAUAUGAAAAAUAAUUAAACAUUUGGAUUUGUUCAAUUCGAAAUAUAGGAGAAGGGGUUAGCACCUUCGCGAUCGUCCAUGUAUUUGUGAUAUAUUUUGCAGCUUGCAAAGGGAAUUACAUUGGGUUCAGGGUUGUUUUUAUUUAAAAAACGCGUGUUAUAGCCUUGGGAAGUUGAGGAGAAUUUUUUCUUGACUUUCAUUUGCACUUUGCAAUGAGGAUUUGUUGCGUUUAAUAAAAAAUUGUUGCUACGAAGGUUACUACUUACAGAAACGCUGGUCGCGGAGGUGUUAGUCCUUUGUUCUGAACUUUCGGGCGUGGAGAUUUUUCGAGUAAACUGUUCUUUUGACUUAAUUGCUGAUUACAUGGUAGGGUUGACGACAGCAGUCGCAGACGAAAUUGCCGGGCGAGCUGUUAAGCUUGCGGCCGCCACAUUUUCUGGGGAAAAUAAAAGGGAAAGCUAAAAAUUUUAGGACUUCGUUCCUAUUUCCUCGCAGCCCAGAUUGUGACUGUCAAAAGACAGUAUUAAAAAACUCGCCUUCCGCGCCAAAACAGAGUGCGAAGUUAUCUCGCGCACUUCGCGUUUUCACGCUCCCCUUUUAUCUCGAGAAACCUAACAGAAUUUCCUUCGCUUGCUAACAAAGUCAGUGAAACACAGGUAGAAAAUGAAUCGUUUUCUCCAGUGAAUUCUCGUUCGCCUUGAAACAACAGGCAAUAUUUAUUUCCCGGAACGUCGAAACCGAUCGCAACUCGCGCGUCACCGUUCAACAAUAUUGUUACAGUUCCAUUGGACGAUUAUGUGAGCCGUUGUUUUCGCGUAAAACGAGGGAUCCACGUAGCGGGCGAUCAGUCGGGCGACGAUUCGCCGACGUGCCCGGAAAAUCAGACACAAUAGACACGGAAAACAUGAAAGAGCACGAAACAGACGAUCAGAGGGAAGAGGAGGGACUUUGAGAAAACAUAGGGACCAAGAGUUCGUUUUUCCUGAGUAGAAACUGCGUCUGCGGGGAGAUGGAGAGGACAGAAGGGCCGCGAGAUCCUCUCGCGAUCCGAGAACGAUAUACCGAAGCAGGCUGUUGAAUUUUCCGUUCGGUGAUUUGUCAAAUUCACGUACUGAGAGAAACCUUGCAGUCAUUAGGCGUUUAAGUAGGCGUUUCCCUCCCGCGAUCGCGCGCCGCGGGUUCCAAGUAUUCGCAGGAUAGGUUAAACAACAAUUUUCCAUUUCAUGGGUAUUCGUCUUUAUCUUCGUCGCGUGACGAGCCGUUUUACAGCGAAGACUGUAACGGUUCAUGGUAAAACGUACCAUACGACUUUUCAUCGUUAUUUAAUUAUUUGUACAAAAGUAUUAACGACGGUCUCUUGUAUCGUAAGAUGCGUCGAAUUCGUAUUUCGAAAUCGUGUAUUCGAUCGUGUACAAAGGUUUCUUCAUUCGUAAAGGAUUUCUAUUAAGCGUUUGAAUCGAACGUCGAUGGCAGCUCAUCUCAUCUUUGAUUUUUAAUGUACGUUCUCCUUUGUUUAUCGCUUUUUUUCCUUCUUGUUCCUAUGUUAUUUAUACGAUUAUAUUUUCGGUUGUGCGAUUGUUCAGCGUUGGAAAUUAUUUUUUUACGUUUCUAUCGGCCACCUUGCGCGAGAAGCUUCGAUUUUAGGUAGGUUUAGUCGCGAGGGUCUUGUAAGUUGUAGUUUCUUCGGUUUUCUUUCUCUCAGUACGAGAAGCAGAGGGAAAACGUGUAUCAUAAAACAACAGAGUAGCGUUGUACAUACGAGGACGAACCAGAGUCUACGCGAAGAUCGCGCGAUAAAGAAAGUAUAAUUCAUCGAUCGAGCCGUUAAAGAAAACAGAGGACACCAUUUGUACGUCGGACUCCUUUCUCCGGGCAGCUUUAUCGAAGUGAACAUUGCCAGCGACGCGCGCGUCGACCUGUUUCGACAGUACUAUAUAAUUACCUGUGAAUUUAAUCUUGAGUGUUAAAUUAUUUAAGCGUAAGGGUCUCGUAAAUUAUUUAUAUUUAAAUUAUAACGUAGACUUACUUUCGACAGCUGUAACAUAUGUCAUAUUUACUCCACGUAUGUUUUAUUUAAACGUGUACUCGUUUAUUUAUUACUCCAUUUAUUUAUAAACGAUUCACAUGAUAUGUAUAUUUCGCAUUAACUCCGAGUGUAAUCACCGACGCGUAAUUAUUGAAUAAUUUUUCAUCAACGUUGUUAGGAUAAGACGUUACAUCCGUCGAUCAAAAAUCGCCCAACGCGGAGAAAGGUGUCUGACAACAUGAAGCCAGAAAAACGUUAUUGUCAUUCAGGCUCGUUCACAUUGCUGCGGCAUUUUGCCGAAGAAUUGCACUUCAAACUGAACUCGAAGCGUAUCGUCCGUUCGACUCGAGAUCAAAUCGAAAUACAACAAUUCUAAUUUGGGCAUUACGAUAAGCCUGAAUAAAAGAAAGCCUCGAUGACUUUCAUUCUCGUAUGUAAAUGAAAUUCUUCCAUGUAAGCGAUGCAUAUCCGAAAGCAUAUAGAUUCUUGCACUUUCCAAAUAAAUAACCCAUUAUUUAAGCGAAAUAUUAAACGAAAAGAAUCACGAUUAUAAAAAUUCCAGCGCCCCCUUUCUUCAGCGCUGUAUUUCUUGUAAAAGUCACGUGGUAUUGUUGUAUUUGAGUUGCUUUGAUCUUCAAUUGAACGGACAAUGCGAUGAACAUAGACUUCGAGAGGAAAUAUAUAACUUCUAUUAAAUUACAUAGAAAAAAGAAAAAUCGUUUAAUGGUCGUAUUAUUUAAAACUUAUCGAUCUUAAAACAUAUACAAAAUAUAUGUUAGCUCAUUCGUUUCGUUAGGAAUGCUCAAAAUCCACUGGAAUAAAUUACAAUUUCGAGACUUCGCAUGAAUUACGCAAACCGUCGCAGCAAAGCGGACGCGCCCCCCACGAACGAGCGUGUCGACAACUACCCGUGCACGAUUAUCAUAACAUUAUACGAUUAACAGUACGAAGUAAGUUGUAAUAAUUAAUGAAUGUUACCGUUGUAAGCGUCAGUCGUCAAUAUCCGAUGAACGAGAAGCCAAGAACUCGAUCACGCCACGUUCGAAGGACAGCGGUCGCGAGAUCCCUGUACGAAGCCAUCAAGACGCCGGAACAAUGAAGUUUCCCUCUCGGAAACCCCGAGGAACGCAUAAUCUCGAUUCCCAUCCGUCGAGUGAGCGGCGCGACUGGUCGUAAUAUUUUCUAAUCGAUCGCUUUUUUCUACGAUUUUUUGUAAAACCUAUUGAGAAGCGGGGAAAGAGAUAUCUCCGACCAGCGGCAAAAUCGAGCGUCGCCUUUCACACGAACGAGAGAACGAAUUGAUCGGAAAAUCACAGAAAAGGCCAAAAAAAAGGAAAAGGAAAAAGAAAACGC